UCCAGCGAAACCAAAGAAUGUGGAGCUGAAUUUUAAACCAUCUACGAAUCAAGACAAUUUAGAAAGUGAGCAGGAUACUCUUGAAAAACCAGUUAAUAAAACUAACAGCAACAUUGCCAACAAAAUUUCCUUGUUUGAAAAUAAAUGCGCUAACCAGAGCCAGAGGCCUGCUGACAUCCCUGCUUCAAAAAAUAGUACUGUACCAAGCACAUUUGUUGGCAGAGCAAAGCUGAAAUUUGGAAAACAACCUAAGGAAAGUGAACAGCCUGAUAAAAUGUUAAAUAAGCAAAGCAGUCGCCAGAAGUUACUUGAGAAUGGCACAGCAGAGAAAGAAAGCGGUGCAGAAUUAAAAGGCAAAAGUGAAGAAGGCUAUGCCUCUUCUGAGGAUAUUGGGAAGACAACAGAACUUAAAGUAAAAGCUGCAAUAUCCCUUUUUAACCAAAGCAGCAAAAUUGAUGCUGGUAGUGUCUCUCUGAAGCAACCUGAUCCAGAAUUAAGGGCAGCUAAAAAAGAAAGUUCACCUUUUAAACUGUCCUUGCCCAGCAGAAGUGAAAAUGCUCAUGAUACUUCCCACCCAAGAAGUAACACAAGCUCAGAAUUCCACAGAAAUGAAGAAAAGAUGCUAUUAAACACAGAGGUUUUCUCAUCUGGCAACAUUGAUAAAUAUCCUCUGCCAUCUCAUCAGGCUUCUAGAUCAGAAUUUAGGAAGAUGGAAAACGGAGAUAAAAAGGCAAAGCCGGGAGAUUUGAGCUUUGCAUCACUGCAGGAUGAUGAUGACGGCAGUCAAGAUAGUUUAUUGAUAUCAGAGCACAACAUGAAUGCACAGCAGAGCCCAGGCAAAACUUGUAAUGGAUCUGCUGAAGACGAUAGCGUUUUUGAUUCCCCAUCCGACAUGAAGAAGUUUGCUGAAACAAUAAAAAACUUGGACAGCUCGGUUUGUUUACCCCAGAAAAAGAAAAGGUCAAAGCUUCCCAAGUCCCCAGCACCCCACUUUGCAAUGCCUCCCAUUCACGAAGACAACUUGGAGAAAGUCUUUGAUCCUAGUGUAUUUACUUUUGGUUUGGGACUGAGGAGGGAUAAAACACAGGAUCUGUUACCGGCCCAGCAAAUUAAAAUGCAAAGCCUGGAAACGAUAGCCAGAGUCAGGCCCAAGCGUGCUUCAACAGAGCAGAGUAUCCUAUUCAAAGCCCUGCAAUCAUGUAAUAGGGAGGAACCUGCCUUUACUCAGGAAAUAAAUGGAAAAGACAGCACUGAUGGUACAGAUGGUGAAAUUAAGAGAUCCCGGCUUGAAAAAAGCUCCCUUUUCUCAAGCUUGCUGUCUUCUACAUCUAAAGAAAAUCUUUUUAACCCUUCUGUCACCUCAGUAAAUAACACCGCAGCAGCUUUUACAACAGACUCCUCAGGGAUGCCUCCUUUACAACAGGAUACUUCUGGGCUAUUCGGCGUGGCUCAAAAAUCUGAGUCUCUUUCAGAUAUGAAGUUUCCAAGUUUUGUGGAGAAGUACAUGCAAGCAGAUAGUGCAAAAAAAGAACUAAGUUUACAAAUGCCCAACUAUGGGAACCCUGAGAAAAGUUUUUCCAGCUGGCUAGGGACAAGUGGAUAUGAAUCAAAUGUCCCCACUGGUUUAUUAGAUGUGGAUGCACUUUCAAGAAAUGGACAAAGUAAAAUCAAUCCUAGACCUGGCAAGCUGGUGAUAUACUGUGAACCAGACUAUCAAAAAACCAGUAUUGAAGUCUUCCAUGAUGUUCUGGAUUGCAGUUCUUGGGUUCUGUCCCCAACAAUUUUAGUUAAAGUCAUCAGAGGAUGCUGGAUACUCUAUGAGAAACCAAAUUUUGAAGGCCCUUCCAUUCCCCUGGAAGAAGGAGACUUGGAACUCCCAGAUAUUUGGGGUGCAGGUACUUCUGAAGAACAAAGUGAAUGCAAAUCUCUAAAGCCUGCAGUGAUUGGUUCAAUAAGACAUGUUGUUAAGGAUUACAGGGUUUGCCGAAUUGAUUUGUACACAGAACGUGAAGGGUUGGGAAUCGUGACUUCCUUUUUUGACGACACUGAAGAAACAGGGGUGUUCGGCACCACUCAGAAGACUUGUUCUAUCAAAGUGCACUGGGGCAUAUGGCUAAUUUAUGAAGAACCUGGUUUCCAGGGAGUGCCGUUAAUGCUGGAGCCCGGUGAAUAUCCUAAUUUAGCAUUCUGGGAGAAGAAGGAAGCCUACAUUAGGUCCAUGAGGCCCUUGAAAAUGGGUGGUCGCAAAGUUGAAUUCAGUGGAGAGCCAAAGGUAGUCAUUUAUGAGAAGCCUUUCUUUGAAGGCAGACACGUGGAAUUAGAGUCGGAGGUCUUCAUGCUGGAUGACAAGGAAUCAGAAGGAAAGACAAGACUUCCACUUAAAUCAGUGGGAUCCAUGAAAGUACAAGGAGGAGUUUGGGUUGCUUAUGAGAAGCCUGGAUUUGAAGGCCACCAGUACUUGCUGGAAGAAGGAGAGUAUCGGGAUUGGACAGACUGGGGCGGCUACGAUGAAGAGUUGCAGUCACUGCGACCGAUUUUUGGCGACUUCACAAGCUCCCAUAUGAUAAUGUACAGUGAAAAAGACUUUGGAUCAAAGGGUUCCAAUAUUAAUGUGUUAGGAAUUAUUUCCAAUUUGAAAGACACUGGAUAUGGGCUGAGGACACAGUCCAUAAAUGUGCUAAGUGGCGUGUGGGUGGCUUAUGAGAAUCCUGAGUUCACGGGGGAGCAGUAUAUACUGUCUAAAGGGCUAUAUCCCAGCGUGGAGGCAUGGGGGGGAAAGAACUGCAAAAUAUCUUCAGUUCAACCCAUAAUGAUGGAUGUUGUUGGAAGCAAAAGGAGUAAAGUCAAGGUCCAGUUAUUUUCAGAGCCUGAAUUCAAGGGUAACUGCCAAGUAUUGGAAAAAAAUACAAGAUGUAUUGAUUCAUUUGUUGUGAAGUCUUCAAAAAUUUUAGAUGGCAGCUGCAUAGUGUAUGACGAGGAAGAAUUCUCCGGUAACCAGUAUGUGUUAGAAGAAGGAAUCUAUCCUGAUCUGAUGGCAAUGGGUUGUUCACCCCAGGCGGUUCUAAAAUCUUUACGGAUUAUAAAUAUUGAGCUGUCUGAGCCAUGCAUAGCUCUUUUUGAAAAGGUGGGUUUCCAAGGAAAGAAAAUCGAAUUCAGUACGGAAAUCUUCAAUCUCCAGUUCCUGGGAUACAGUCCUCGAAUAGCUUCAGUUCAAGUCCUUGGUGGCAUAUGGAUACUUUAUGAGCACAGUAAUUACAGGGGGCGUCAGAUGUUGUUGUCACCGAAUGAAAUUCCGGAUUGGUAUAAAGUGAGUGGCUAUGACCAGAUAGGUUCUCUGAGACCUUUACUGCAGAAACGUGUGUACUUCAGGCUUCGAAACAAGGAAACGGGAAAAUUCAUGUCAGCUGAUGGAAACUUAGACAAUCUGAAUCUUCUUAGAAUACAGGUUGCAGAAGAUACAGACUCAGAUGACCAAAUCUGGGUUUAUCAAGAUGGAUUCAUAAGGUGUCGGAUGGCAGAGGAUUGCUGCUUGACAAUUGUUGGGAAUCUCAUAACUCCUGGCUCUAAACUCGGUCUGUCAUUUGAGCGGAACGAAGACAAACAAUAUUGGCAUAUUAGUCCCGAUGGCAGGAUUUAUAGCAAGAUGAAACCCCAGCUGGUUUUAGAUAUCAAAG